CCUCGCUCGAGAAAUCAGGAUGGAUAUUCUAUGAUGAUGUGCUUCAAGCUGCACAGAGAGCCAUAUAUGAUGAAAAAACAAGACUAAAGGUAGAAAUCAUUAUCCCUGAGCUAAACCCAGAAAUGGAUGUUUAUAGAAUAGGUACUCUGAUGGAACUUGUCAGGGUUAUUGCUCUUUCAUUUGCUGACGAUGGAAAACGUGUUAAGGUUUGUGUUCAAGGGUCCAUGGGAGAAGGUGCUCUUGCUGGAAUGCCACUGCAGCUUGCUGGUAGUCGCAAGAUAUUGGAGUUCAUGGAUUGGGGAGAUCAUGUUGCAUCAGGAACCUUUGUCAAGAUUGGAUCUAUAGGUGCCGAAGAGCUUGAUGAGCAAGAUGACAUUUUUAUCUUAGUGGCUCCUCAAAAUGCUGUGGUUAACUGUAUCAUCGAUGAUCUCAGGGGCAUGACUGAAUCUGCUGGUAUGCGUCCGGUCAUCCUCAUCAAUCCUAGGCUUAAGGAUUCACCAGGUUCCAGUGGUAUCAUGCAAACUAUGGGACGGGACAACGGACUGCAGUAUGGUGCAUCAUUGAGAAUCACUAUUUCUCCCGGCUUCUCUAUUUUGCUGGAACUCAAUACCCAAUUAUGGGUGUUCCGAGGAUGUCCUACCCCUACCCUUAUGAAUUGUGCAAACGAGUCAAUCAGGCCGUCCGGGAAGGAGGAGUGCAUCUUGCUUUCAACAUUCAAUGGAAGGCCAAGAACUAAUGAAGUCAACGAUGCCUUCCUUGGGGAACCGAGAAAUCAAGUCAAGAACACAUCAGGAAUAUGGGGUUUCCUGAGCGGUAUACUGUAGAAGCUGCGCAUAGAGUAUGACUCCAUUGCUCCGCCCUAACGAAUCUGGAAAGCUCGACCAAUGAAGUGCCAUACUUUGAGUUGGAAGUAUCUUUGAAUAGAUUUCUGAAUCACAGGGUAGAAAGGAUUUUUUUUUUUUUUUUUGUGUUUUAAGAGUUAUGAGACGGUGGGUGGUAUAUGACUUCACUUGAUGUCAACCGCAUAUAUGAUUUCAUCAUGUGGAUAGUACAUAGCAUGUGAUUCACAUAUCUCACAGAUAAGCAUGUUAGAUCAAUGUAAGUGUGAUUUCUAUGUGCAUUGAUUCUUUGUAAGAUGGGUCUUAUUAACAAAUCCUCUCUAAUCAAUUAUUAAGUAUACUU